AUGCACGCGACAAAGCGCAAGUUCAAUGCCCUCCUCCAAGGGCUCAGCAACCCACGGCCGUCGUCGACGUCGGAUGCCACCGCCUCUGGGACCAUGGACGCCGACUCUCGACGUGGCGAUGCCGCCGCCGCCGCCGCCUCCCACGACGCGCUCCUCCAGAAGCGCCGCCGUCUGGGCUUCCCCGACUCGACAGCGCCGUCCGCCUAUAACCCGUCCCUCGCGUCGUCGAUAUCCAGCGCCCUCCGGAGGUCGACCACGCAGGCCAGCGCCAAGUCGGUCAAGGACAAGGACGCGCUCGCCAAGUACGCGCCCGGCGAUCGGGACGAGCUCCUGAAGCGGCUCGCCACCUUCCAGGAGCUUACCGACUGGACGCCCAAGCCGGAGCGGGUCAGCGAAAUCGAGUGGGCGAAGCGUGGGUGGAUAUGCCAGGGCAAGGAGAGGGUUCGGUGCGUCUUGUGCCACAAGGAGCUGGUCGUCAAGCUCAACCGCAAGGACGUGGACGGCAAGGAGGUCCCGGUUCUGGUGGCGUCAGAGAUUGAAGAGGCCUUGGUAGAAAAGUACACCGAGCUCAUCGUGAGCUCGCACCAACAAGACUGCCUAUGGAGGAGGCGCGGCUGCGAAGAUUCACUGCUGCGAUUGUCCUUUUCAAACACCCAGUCGACGCUCUCUGCCCUCCGAAACCGCUACGACGAGCUGUGCUCGCGAUCGUCUUUCCUGCCAUACGAGUUCAACCUACGACUACCAGACGGCAUCAAUCUCGAUGGCGUGCUGGCUGAACUUCCGACAGACUUUUUUGCCAACGCAAAAUCACUCGAAGAACCGUCCAAGCCUGUCAAUCGACCUGCCCUUGCCCUGGCGCUCAUGGGCUGGCAGGGGCUGUCGAACUCUCGAAUAGGGGCCGUCCCGAACUCGGCUUCCUGUCACACAUGUCUGCGGCGACUCGGGCUGUGGAUGUUCAAGAGCAAAGAAGUAGAUGACGAUGGCCAAGUCAUCGUGCCUGCGCCCAUGGACUUUUUAGAUCCCGUUCGUGAGCAUCGCUUCUUUUGCCCAUGGAGCAACGCCAAGGCCCAGAGCAGGGGCGCCUCAUCUAAAGAAAGCGCGGACAAUGCAGGCUGGAACAUGCUGCUGCAGACCAUCGAAAACGACUCCGAGCUGCGGGAUGUGUACGAGGGCCGCUCGAAACGGUUUGGGCGGUUGAUCCACGACCACGAGGCGCCACCCUCCACACCCGGCAGAGACGCAAGUACCCCGGCCCCUGCCACGCCAGGGGAGCCAGCGACACCGGGGGCCAAUAACCCGCAAGAUGAGGAGGUGGAUGAGAAGGCCCGCGAGGCAAAGGACAAGGAACGGUGGGCGAGGCUUCGAAAAGUAAAGAGCUUGUUUGAAACAAAGGGCGCUAGGAAGCUGCGCCGGCCGCUCAGCAGGCCGGGAACAUCGCACUCGAACAAGUCGGGCGCGUAA